GUGUUUGCGCAGUAACCCCUGUUAAAGCACAGAUUGCUAUGUGGUGUUUGUGUGCGCGACUGAGCUGUUUCUCGGCCCGUCAGGAGGAUGGGGGACUGGAACUUCUUGGGGGGAAUUCUGGAGGAGGUCCACAUCCACUCCACCAUGGUGGGAAAGAUCUGGCUCACCAUCCUCUUCAUCUUCCGCAUGCUGGUUCUGGGCGUGGCGGCCGAGGACGUGUGGAACGACGAGCAGUCCGACUUCAUCUGUAACACGGAGCAGCCCGGCUGCCACAACGUGUGCUACGACCGGGCCUUCCCCAUCUCCCUGAUCCGCUACUGGGUCCUGCAGGUCAUCUUCGUGUCCUCGCCCUCGCUGGUCUACAUGGGUCACGCCAUUUACCGGCUGCGCGUGCUGGAGAAGGAGCGGCACUGCAAGAGAGUGGCCCUGCGCCGGGAGCUGGAGGUAAUGGACCUGGAGAAGCGAGUGGCCCUGCGCCGGGAGCUGGAGACGAUGGACCUGGAGGUUCUGGAGCCCCGGCGUCGGGUCGAGCGGGAGCUCAGGCAGCUGGAGACCGGGAAGCUCAACAAGGCUCCGCUGCGGGGGUCUCUGCUCAGGACAUACGUGGCCCACAUCGUGACCCGGUCCGUGGUGGAGGUGGGCUUCAUGCUGGGCCAGUACCUGCUGUACGGACACCAUCUGGAGCCGCUGUACAAGUGUGACCGGGAGCCGUGCCCCAACACCGUGGACUGCUUCGUCUCCCGGCCCACGGAGAAGAGCGUGUUCAUGGUGUUCAUGCAGGGCAUCGCAGCCGUGUCCCUGUUCCUCAGCCUGAUGGAGAUCCUGCAUCUCGCAUACAAGAAACUGAAGACGGGACUCCUGGACUACUAUCCUCAGCUGAAAGAGGACCUGGGAGAGUAUUACGGCAAGAAGAACUCAGUGGUGCAUCAGGUGUGCGUGAGCCAGGGCCGUAAAGCCACCAUCCCCACGGUCCCGGGCGGAUUCGCUCCGCUCCUGGAGAAGCAGGGCAACGGCCCCACUUACCCCGCGCUCAUCAACCCCCUGUGCGCCUUCGUCCCGGUGCAGGGCGAGCCGGGUCUGGACCCGCAGAGGCAGAACCGGGACCUCAUUCUCAGUCCGCUGGAGCGCAACAGCAACUCCAACAACACGAGCGGGACCCGCUCUCCGCUGGUGCUCGAGUCCGAGAGCUCGGUUCUGCCCGGCCCGACGGCACUGCGCAAGCAGAGGAGAGUGAGCCCGGCCUGGAACUGCAGCACCGUGAUGGAGGGCAACGGGUCGGACAGCGGAGACUCCAGCGCCGGGCCUGAGGCCGACCCGAGCAUGAGGACUCGCUGCGGACGGGCCGUGUCCAGGUCCGACCUGAGGAGAGCCGGCAGAACACACACACCCGACUCUGUGGCGGAGCUGAGCUCUGGGUCACGGCACCACAGUUCUGUGGAGAGUCCCAGCUUCUCUCCGGGCCGACAGAGAUCAUCCCCGGCCAGCAGCAGCAGACGAGCAGACCUGAAGAUCUGACAA